AUUUGAACUUAAUAACCCGCAUAGAAAACAUGUUACACAAGUCACGACCACAGAAAAGUUUCUAUAUAAACAGCGCAUGUGUAACCUCUCGCUACUUUGUGUGACAGGCUUCAAACAAUCAUGAGAUCUCUUGCCGUUAUUGCUGUUGCCAUUAUUGGCUUUGUCGUCGCCCAGCCCGGAGGAGGAGGUCAAAACUUUAACAAUUUUUUCCAAAGAUACGCUGGCAAUGAUAACUUGUUGCAACAAAACGAGUUUGCCAGGUUCUGGCUUCACUUUGAUGACAAUGGUGACGGUAAUGUCAGCAAACAAGAGUUUGACAGCGGAUGGAGACAGGAAGGUUUCCCUAAUCCAGAAAACGCUCCUCUCUAUUUCCUCGAGUUAGACAUCGUCCGUGACGAGGUUAUUAACUCUCAAGAUUUCCCACACAUCUUCCAUCUCUUCGAUGAGGACGGUAAUGGUGCUAUCAGCGAGAGAGAGGCCAGAUACAACUGGAACGCAUAUUUUAGUGACUAAGUCUUCAAUUAGUUUAAAAUCUCAUGCUAUUGUAAAUUAUUGAUGCAUUUUGUUACUGAGUGAAAAUAAAUGUAUUUCUAGACAACCAAA